ACCCCGACUUAGCUUGCAUCCCCCGACUCUUUAAAUUGCUCUCUCCUUCUCAUGAACAUCCCACAUCUAGCAACAUCAAGUCCUGCAAUUCUUAUGAGCUCGUCAUUCUCAUCCGAACCCUACUUUGCUUCAAACUUUUCACUUAGUUUCAAGUCUUUUUCUUGGAAAAUAUAACAGGAACUCAAGUUAACAAUACGGAAAAUUCAAAGCAAACCAGGCCGAAAGACUUGGAAGAGUUUAUAAUUGAUUGGAGAAUGAAUGGCAAAAAGGGCAGCUUCGAGAUCAACAUUCCACCAGAGGCUACCAAAUCCAAGCUGCCUGGUACCAGCAAAGAAGGCAGCAUUGGAGCAUUUUCCUCCUGUAAGGCAUGGAUUUGGAGUGUAUGGGAAUUUGUCAAAGAAGAUAGCAACAGAGUUAAAUUCGCUUUAAAAGUUGGCCUAGCUGUUCUUCUAGUGUCCUUGCUUAUACUAUUCCGAGCACCUUAUGAUAUAUUCGGCACCAAUAUCAUCUGGUCCAUUCUCACUGUGGCUAUCAUGUUCGAAUACACAGUUGGUGCAACUUUUAAUCGAGGAUUCAACCGAGCUCUUGGAAGCUUGCUUGCAGGAGUAUUGGCUAUUGCGGUUGCUCAGUUAGCUAUACAGUCGGGCCGGGUUGCCGAGCCUAUUAUAAUUGGCAUUAGCAUCUUUCUGAUUGGGUCUAUUACAUCAUUCAUGAAAUUAUGGCCAUCACUCGUGCCAUAUGAAUAUGGGUUCAGGGUCAUACUCUUUACCUACUGCUUGAUCAUAGUAUCUGGUUAUCGGAUGGGGAAUCCAAUAACAACAGCAAUGGACCGACUGUACUCUAUUGCCAUUGGAGGGUUCGUAGCAGUCCUAGUGAAUGUGUUUGUUUUUCCUAUAUGGGCCGGGGAGCAGUUGCACAAGGAACUUGUCAACAGCUUUAACUCGGUAGCCGACUCUCUCGAAGAAUGCGUGAAGAAAUAUUUAGAAGACGAAGGGCUAGAUCAUCCAGAGUUCUCCAAGACUGUGAUGGAUGAAUUUCCAGAUGAGCCAAAUUACAGGAGAUGCAAAAGUACCCUAAAUUCCUCUGCAAAACUUGAAUCCUUGGCCAACUCGGCGAAAUGGGAGCCACCGCAUGGCAAGUUUCGACACUUCUUCUAUCCAUGGUCAGAGUAUGUUAAAGUUGGGGCAGUUCUACGAUAUUGUGCUUAUGAGGUCAUGGCACUUCAUGGUGUUUUACACUCUGAGAUUCAGGCACCUCACAACCUCCGGUUCACAUUCUACUCAGAGAUUCAGGAAGCAGCAACACAUGCUGCAGAGCUCGUUAGGAGCUUGGGAAAAGACAUUAGUAACAUGAAGCGAAGCCCAAAAACCUCACUACUAAAGAAGGUUCAUAGCUCAACGGAGCGCCUGCAACGAGCCAUAGACAUGCACUCUUAUCUCCUCGCAUCUAAUUUUGAUCCUCCUGACAACUCUUCCAAAUCACUUACCAAGCUCCCCGUCACAUUUUCAACCACCCAGUACGACCUCUCGAAUCCAUUAACCGAGUUUGACAGUAGCAGUGCAGAAAAUAACUUGAGUCAAAUAAACCAAAACGUGCCUUCAGGGACUCCUCCACAACAGACAGAGUCCUACCAUGAGAUGAUGAGGAAACAGUCAAGAAGACUCCAUUCAUGGCCAUCAAGGGAAGUGGAUGCUUUUGAAGAAGAAGGAGGUCUCGGUAUGGACUUUCUGCCAAGAAUGAAAGCAUUGGAGAGCACCGCAGCAUUGUCACUUGCCAAUUUUACUUCCUUACUCAUUGAGUUUGUUGCCAGGCUCGAUCACUUGGUUGAAGCAGUUGAUGUGCUUUCAAAGAUGGCCAAAUUCAAUCAUGAGGGUGUAUAGCUGGAAAAUAUACAGAUUUCGAUACAUUCCUAAUGUGCAAGUUAUACUACCAAAAAGAAAAUUAUAAAUUAGAGGGUGAAAAAUCUUAUAGGCUCUAAUAGAUGUUGUAACUUGUAAUCACCUGAAAUAACAAUAAGAAAAAAGUUCUUAAGUUUUUUCA